CUGUAAAUGCUUUGAAUUAGUAGUUUUGUAUUACACAGUACAUACGAUUUUAAAUUUUACUGGUACAGCGAUAAAAUAAUAAUUUAACUUCCAAAAUAUCCAACAGUAGAUCAUUCCGCAUUCAAUUACACUAUACUUUUCGAAAAUGACUGAUCAAAACAUUUUAGAUAAAUCUAUGAGGAGUGUUUUCGUGGGAAACAUUCCGUAUGAAGCCACUGAAGAAAAGUUGAAAGAUAUAUUUAGUGAAGUAGGACCAGUCAUAUCAUUCAAGCUAGUAUAUGACCGAGAAACGGGUAAACCCAAAGGUUAUGGAUUCUGCGAGUACAAAGAUCAAGAAACUGCGCUUAGCGCUAUGCGAAAUCUUAAUGGAUAUGAAAUCGGUGGACGUACUCUGCGCGUUGACAACGCUUGUACAGAAAAGUCUAGACUUGAAAUGCAGUCUUUAAUGAUGGGAAUGCCUACUUCGGAAAAUCAUUAUGGUGAAGCUGUAAGUGCAGAAAAAGCCCCAGAAGCCAUAAGCACUGCGGUCGCAUCUUUACCACCAGAACAAAUGUAUGAGCUCAUGAAACAAAUGAAAGCAUGCAUUCAGAAUAAUCCAACUGAAGCUAGAAACAUGUUGCUUCAGAAUCCUCAGCUUGGAUACGCAUUGUUACAAGCACAAAUAAUAAUGAAAAUAGUGGAUCCUCAAGUUGCUGCUAGCAUGUUACAAUCUUCAAACCAAGUUCCAGCCACUCCAAUACCCAUCACUUCUGCUACUACAACAGCGACCGCCAAUCCAAUGCCUCAUAUGCCCAAUAAUGAUAACAAUGUGUGGGCACAACCCAAGUCUUCAAUUCCUCCAAUGGUCCAGCCCCAUGUCGAAGACAUGGACUUGAGACAAGUAAAUCGUGGCCGUGUAAUGGACCAAGAUUUAAGACAACCUCCAAUUCAAAUACCAAUUACUCAACCAUUGCCAUCAGUACCAGUUGAAUCUUCUAUUCCACCACCAUUACCAGUGUCAAGAGACCCUCGUGCACCAGUAUCCAUGGAUUCGGAUAUUCGAACUUACACAAGAGAUCCCAGGGCAAACAAUAGUAAUCCAACAGCAACACAAAUGCCUUCUCAGGCUGUUCAGCAACCUGCUCGACCACAGGUUGUGCAACAACCGCCCAAACCUGGAUCUUCUACAGAUACUGAAAAGGCUGCUUUAAUCAUGCAAGUGUUACAAUUAACUGAAGAACAAAUAUCAAAACUGCCCGCAGAACAGCGACAAAGCAUACUUGUCUUGAAAGAGCAAAUAGCCAAGUCCGCCCAGAGAUAAUUUAAGUUCAAUAAUAUUUGAAAAAUUUUAAAAUACAUUCAAUUUUUUUUUGAUAAGUUUUAAUUUUUUAAUUUUUUAAUUUUUUAAAUUAUUAAUAUUUUAAUUGAACGACAAUGUACUAGUAUUGUGUUAUAAUAAUUGUCACCAUUUAUAUAUUUAAAAUAAUACAUAUUUUGAUAUUUAUAUACAC